AUGGCCGCGCCGGUCAGCGAAGCCGAUCCCUUGGUCCCGCUGCGGAUCCUGGCGGCAUCCGGCGAGGUGGUUCUCGAGGCCUCGCCGCCUGGCAGCCAGUCCGUGGCCACGUUGCUCCAGACCCUGAAAGGAGAGGCCAGCACCGGGCGGCUCUCGUUGCUGCGGGGCACGGAGCUGAUCCCGGUGGAUGCCAGGCUCGGCGAGCUGGAUCUUGCGGAAGACGAGUCCUUGUAUUUGGUGAGAAAGGUCAUGGGCACGUACACACCACUGGCAUCCGGAGACACAGAAGAGGACGAUUUACUCGUGAAGUGCAUCCUCGUAGGUGGAAGUCGUUCGGGAAAGUCUUCGUUACUGCAGGCCGUGUCUAGUGGAGACUUCAAUCCGGCAUACACGCCGACAAUUGGCGUGGAGUUCAGCAGUUUGCGGUACCAGUCUGAGGAAGGGCGCGUUCUCAAGCUGCAGGUUUGGGACACGUCAGGCAUGGAUCGAUACAAAGCCAUUGUGAAUGCGUACUACAGAGGAUCAAAGGGGCUCAUUGCCAUCUUCUCCCUCGCCAGCCGCGAAUCCUUUCAGGAGACCCUUAGGAUCGUCCGUGAGGCUCAAGGCCAGUAUCCCGAAUCCUGCCGCUGCAUCUGCCUGGCGGGCACGCAUGCAGACCUGCCCGAGCUGGAAGUGACGGAGGAGGAGGCGCUUCAGGUGGCUGCGGAGAACCAGUGGCCCUACAUCGCGGUUUCCUGCAAGACCGGAGAGAAGGUCCACGAGCCAUUCUUCGUAUGGAUGGACAUGUUCAUGGACAGGGUUUGGCAGCAUCGCGAGACAGCUGAUUAG